AUGUCGACUCAUCUGUCGCGAAGUAGUAAAAGUUUAUUAGAGGGUCAAUUAAGCUGUCCAACAUCACCAGCUGUAAAAAAAUUUUAUCGACUUAUUGUCGCUGGUUCGGCAAACACUGGGAAGUCGGCAAUUGUGAAUCGGUUUCUGAACAACAAUUUUGAAGAACGUUAUAUUCCUACAAUAGAAAAUUUCCAUCGUAAACACUACAAAAUACGAGGAGAAAUUCAUCAGCUAGAUAUUUUGGAUUUAUCUGGAAACAACCCGUUUCCGGAAGCUAGAACUGUAUCAUAUUUGGGUGGUAAGUUGAAAUAA